AUGGACCGCGCACGUCGCCAUGAGCUGCGCGAGCUGAAUGUGCGGGCGUGGAAUGGCGAGACGGGCCUCUUCCCCGUGGCCGCGUCGCUCGACUCGACCAUGAAGAAGAACACGGCCUUCAUCAAGCGCCUGCGCACCGCCAUCUCCCCCGCCACUCUCAACACGUUCCUGCAGGAAAUCAAGACCGUCAGCCUGUCCAAGUACCUGUCCGAAAUCAUCUCGGCCUGCCACGAGGGCCUCUGUAAGCUCAAGUCGCCCGGCGAGAUCGAGGCGGCUGUCGAGAUCGUCAGCGCCCUGCACCAGCGCUUUGGUCCCCACGAAUUCACAUGCUACUUAGCCUGGCACCUGGGCAAGUCGCUGGCCACGCCGGACAAGAGCGUGCUCAAGACCCUGACUCCAGAGGCCCGUGAGAAGGAGGAGAAGGACCGCCUAUCGCGCCAGCGCGUGCUGCUGCGUGUCGUCACCGAGCUCUGGCUCGUCGGCGUGCUGCGCACCCUCGACGACGCCAAGCGGCCCGACGACGUCAUUGCCAACGGCGCCACUGGCAAGCAGGCCGAAGUCAAGUCCAAGGCCUCGGCCAAGGGCAACCCCGCCGAGCCCUUCCCGCUCGAAGUGCUCAAGGACCUGCUCGGCCACGAUCGCGAGCACGUCAACCUGCCCCUGCUGGUUGUCUUUGUGAAGGCCUUCAGCUGGGAUGUCCUGGGCGUGCGCGGCGCCGGCUCCGAGGGCCGCAAGACGGUCGAGGAAGACGGCGCGACCAAAGCUGCGGCUCCCCCGGCCGAGGGCAACAAUGCCAGCUCCGCCGAGGACCAGCAAGAGGGCCAGCCAGCUCCGAGCUCCCAAGACCCGCCCCUGACGCCGCCAGAGCUCCAAGAGCGCUUCAAGAAUGUGCUCCGCCGAUACUUUGAGGAUGUCAAGCAGCAUCUCAUCCGCGACCAGAAGGCCCUUGCCAGCCAGUCGCGCAAGAAUGCCGAGGCCUACGUCAAGUCGGGCGAGGUGUUCGAGGACCGCCAGGCCAACUUUGAGAAGCAGGUCAAGGCCCAGGAGCGUCUAAUCGCCAACGCCCAGGUCAUUGCCGACGCCAUCGGCGCCGAGAUGCCGGACCUGAAGGAGCACGAGGAUGUAUCUGCCACCGCGAACGGCUCCAUCGGCCUGGUUAAGACCGGCGAGUACCUGCGUGGUCAGGGCGACGGACCCGGGAUCUGGGAGGACGAGGAGGAACGUCGCUUCUACGAAAACCUGGUCGAUCUCCGCGGCAAGGUGCCCGGCAUUCUGCUCGAGGAGGUCAAGAAGAAGAAGCAGGAUUCUGACGAGCAGGUCGGCAAGAAGAUCGACCUAGAGACCGCCGCUGAGGCCAAGCAGGUCGAUGCUUCCGCCGAGGACCAGUCUGUGGCCAUUGCCAACAAGACCAUCGGCGCGCAGGUCGACGCUCUGCUCGCUCGCCUGCCCGACCUGACGACCAAGGACGCCGUCGACCAGAUGGCCAUCGAUUUCUGCUACCUCAACUCCAAGGCUUCGCGCAACCGCCUGAUCAAAGCCCUGACCGACGUGCCUAAGGGCCGCACCGAUCUCCUCCCGUGUUGGGCCCGCCUGGCCGCCACCCUCGGCCAGUACAUGUCCGACGUCCCCAAGGGGCUGGUCGAGUACCUGGAUAACGAGUUUCGCAGCCUGCAGCGCCGCAAGGACAAGGAGUUCCUGGGCCAGGUGCGCCUCAUCAACAUCCGGUACCUGGCCGAGCUGACCAAGUUUGGCGUGGUCCCCGAGCACGUGGUGUUUCACUGUCUCAAGGUCAGCCUGGACGACUUUUCCAGGGUGAACAUUGAGAUUAUUUGCACUAUGCUCGAGAACUGUGGCCGGUACCUGCUGCGCAACCCUGAGACGUCGCCACGCAUGGCGAGUUUCCUGGAGACGCUGCAGAGGAAGAAGUCCGUGCAGCAUAUCGGUCAGGCGGAGAAGAUGCUUAUUGAGAAUGCCGUCUACUAUGUUGAUCCGCCGCAGCGCCCGGCCAUUCAGCAGAAGGAGCGCACGCCAAUGGAGUUGUUCAUCAGGAAGCUAAUCUAUGCUGAUCUGAAUAAGCGCAGCUACGAUAAGGUGCUGAGGCAGAUUCGGAGGCUUCACUGGGAGGAGAAGGAGGUCGUCGCCGUCCUUCACAAGGUCUUUUCCAAGCCCAGCAAAGUCAAGUACAGCAACAUCCACCUCCUGGCCAUCCUCCUCAGCGCCCUCUACCGCUACCACCCGGCUUUCGUCAUCGGUGUCGUCGACACCGUCAUCGAAUCCAUCGCCCUCGGCCUCGAGCAGAACGACUUCCGCUACAACCAGCGCCGCGUCGCCGAAGUCAAGUACCUCGGCGAGCUCUAUAACUACCGCAUGCUGGAACACCCCGUCAUCUUCGACACCAUGUACAAGAUCAUGACCUUUGGCUACGGCGGCCCGCCCAUCCCCGGUCAGAUCAACCCGUUUGAUCCGCCCGAUGACUUUUUCAGGAUCAGGCUGAUCGCAACCCUGUUGGAGACGUGCGGCAUGUAUUUCAACAAGGGUACCGCGGGCAAGAAGCUAGAUUAUUUCCUUUCCUUCUUCCAGUAUUAUAUCUACACCAAGAACCCUCUGCCGAUGGAUAUCGAGUUCCUGGUGCAGGACAUCUUUGCGCUGACCAGGCCCCAGUGGAAGUUGGCUUCUAACCUGGAGGAGGCGACCAAGGCGUUCCAGCUGGCCAUCAAGUCAUCUGGUCUGGACAAGGCCGUUGAGCAGGAUGAUCAGGGCAGUGGGGUCAGCAGUGAUGAUGAUGCGAAUGUGGAGGAUGGGGAAAAGGAGGAACAGGAUGGGGAUGAGAAUGACGGGGAGGAUGAAGACGAGGGAGAGGAUGACGAAAACGCCGAGGAAGAACCCUCCUAUCGCAACGACAACGACUCCGACUCCGAGCGAGGCAACCAUGACGACGAUGAAGACGAAGAAGAAGAGGAAGAAGAAGCCAUCGUGGUCACCCGCGAGGAGGAAGAAAUUGACCCCGAAUGGGAAGCCGAAUUCGACCGGGAAUAUGCCAAGAUCAUGGCGGAAAGCUACGAGACGCGAAAGUUUGAGCGGAAACAAUUCGAUAUCCCCUUGCCUGUGCGUCCCAAGAACCAGCAGCGCUCGGAUGAAUCGGGUGAAACAGGCAGCGGGGGGCAGACCACGACGCCGGGCAAGAUGGCUUUUUCGCUGCUCACCAAGAAGGGCAAUCGCCAGCAGACGAAGACGGUGGAGCUGCCGUCGGAUUCGAGCUUCGCGGUUGCUAUGAUCAAUCAGAGGCAGGCGGCCAAGGAGGAGCAGCAAAGGAUUAAGAACUUGGUGUUGAAUUAUGAUUUGAGGGAGGAAGAGGAGGAUGACGACAACGACAAGCCUAUCUCUCAUCAUCACCACUUCAACCGGUCGGAGAAUCGCAACAGCAAGGACCGUGGGCAAAGGGUGAGGAAGUUACAGUUGAGUGAUGUUGAUUGGUAG